GCGGCCAUGGACAUGCCGUCUGUGCGGCUGCAAUGUGAUUUUAGUAAUUUUGAGUAUAGCAAAGCCAUCGAAUGUGGUGUCAAUCCCUCUUAUCCGCGCGAACUAAAUACAGUGCAACUUAAUCGAUGCACAAAAAACAUACGGAGCCAUUUGCAGAAGUGGAAAGUCGCUGCAUAUGAUGUGAAUGUCGAGUGGAAACUGAUCCUCCUGCGAUGUGGUUUGUUCGACGUCGAUGCAUACACUGAUAAGACAAUAUGUCCAGCGCAUAGAUACAAGUUAGGGUUGAGUUGGACAUCAUCAAGGAAAUGUUGUCAUCCACUCCAUAAAGGGAAAGGCAAACCAUUCCGUGGUGUGAAUAAAGCAACUAGCCGUGAGAUGUUUGAUCGAUGGGGUACCCUGGUCACAGUUGGAACAGGUAUCUGUAGAGGUUGUCUAUCUAAGCACAAACAAGCAGUUAUGCACCAGACAGCGGAACAAUUACCACCUAGCGAUGUGCUCUCUAAGGAACAAGUAGAGCAGCAGUGUACAACCAGUGAUUUCACAUCGCCGGCUGGUGUACCAUCUCUCCAACCCACCGACACAGAAUGCACUUCAGUUCAUGAGCAGACAUCCGAGUCCUCAUCAACUAAUGGAGAUAUAACACAGGAUGUAGGUGCACUUGACUCUUCUUGGGCUCCAACCCCCCGACCAAAGAAUGUGAAGCUGCAAUCCCUGAACACUUUCCUUACUCAGGGUGGAAUGUCCACUGUUGAUGGGCAGCUUCAUCUGUCAUUAGACAAAGCAUCUGAUAGCACCAUCCGUUAUUAUAGAAGGAAGGCAAAGGAAGCCUUUGGUUUAGUUCUUCAUUGUUUAGCACCAGGUCAAGAAGAUGGGCUCAUGAAGAUUACCAUCGGUGAAACAACUGCUGAAUCAUCACAAAGUGGUCAAGAUUUUGAUAGUAGUACCCGUUCUCUAGUCGAGUGCUAUCAAACUGCAGACAACUGGUGUACCAAGCGACAGAUUUUAUCAAUAUUGGCCCGUAACAUGACAAAGCAAAGACUACUGCAACUGAUUCCAGGGCUCACCAUAUACCGGAUAGAUGCAGCCAGAAAGCAUGCCAAGGAAAGUGGUGGAGGGCAACCUGUGGAGUUGGAGCCAAUAACACGAUCAAGACUACAAAAGACCAAGGUUGAUCACUUCAUUCAAUUCAUCUCACGCCCAGAGUUUGUUCAAGACGUUGCAUUUGGGACCAGGAGACUGAAACUCACUCAAGGAGAAAAGAUUGAAAUCCCAAAUGUUGUACGAACUGUUGUCGUGUCUCGUCUUGUUGAUCUAUAUCAAGUUUACUGUCACGAGACUGGAUUCACUCCACUGGGUCGUAGCUCACUGUUCAGUAUCACUCAGGUUUGUGCUGCUGCCAAGAAGAAAUCUCUCUCCGGUCUGGAUAAUAUUGCUGCCGAGGCCUCUGAAGGGUUUGAUGCAAUGGACAGAUUGAUAGGAUUGCUUGGUGAAUUUGGCUUUUCAAGUUCGUGGGUAGAUGAGCACAAAUCUAGACUCCGAAGCGUCCGCCAAUACCUUAAAUCUGACUUCAAACUCCAUGUUGAGGAAAACAGUCCUUGUCCUGAUCACUGUUGGACUUACGCACUGAGUACUAAAGACUCUUGCAGUCAUCCUCAUAACGUACACUGUGACAUGUGUGAUGAUCUACGUCUUGUGCUAAAUGAGGUUGAGUUCUCCGUAUCAAGUGUUGACACGAAAUACAAGUACCCAUCACAGAAGGAUGAAGUAGCAUAUGAUUUUGAGUAUGCCAAGGACCGCAUCAUUGCUCUAAAAAAUCAUGCUGUGCGAUCAAUGGCUCAGGCAAAGUGCAAAGGCGAUAUACUUGCGAAUCUCACCUCUUCACAAGCACAUUUGACCAUGGAUUGGGCAAUGAAGUUUUUGCCCAGGCGAUUUAGGGAAGCCCAACAAGACUGGUUUGGCAAGAGAGGGAUAUCCUGGCAUGUGACGGUUGCUGUAGUGAAAUCUGGUAUUGAAUUUGAGAUUUUGUGCUUCGUCCAUCUUAUCCAGCAGUGUGUUCAGAAUUGGUGGAGCGUCCUAUCAGUAUUGGAAGCCUCGUUGCUUGAGCUGAAACGAAGGCGUCCCAACAUCAAUGAAGUCUAUCUGAGGUCAGAUAAUGCAGGAUGCUAUCAUUGUGCACCUCUUAUCCUUUCCAUGGCAGAUCUCUCUAAGAAGGUGAACAUCGACAUUCUCAGAUAUGACUUCUCCGAGGUACAGGCAGGUAAAGAUAUAUGUGAUCGAAAAAUAGCGCCAAUGAAAGCCCACAUUGAGCGGUACAUCAAUGAAGGCAACAACGUACUCACUGCUGACGACAUGCACUCUGCCUUAGAGUCCUACAAUGGUGUGAGAGGAUGCUAUGCAUCUGUUCUGAAGAUUGGUGACAUGCCUUCUUCCCGUGGGACUUUGAAAUGGCCGGGUGUUACCAACUAUACCAAUUUCUGCUUUGAGGAAGGUGGUGUGCGCUCCUGGCUUGCUUACAACAUCAGCGACCAGUUCCAUCCAUACGCAAAAUUGAUGAAGCAACCACUCGUACCACUGAUCACCACUUGCACUGUUGGGCAAUACACAGAGCCCAAAGUUGUAACGGGGGCAUUUCGUCAACAAAGGGAUGAUGUCCAGUUCUCCUGCACGGAAUCAAAUUGUGUCAAAACUUUCCCCACUGAUGAGCUCCUCACUAAUCAUUUGGCAGCAGGACGUCAUAUGUUUCGUCCCCUUAAGGAAUCUCGCUAUGACCAGAUUGCACGUCAGUGGGCUGAAAAGAUUGGUGACAUGCGAGCUGGCACCUCUCAUUCGAGUCAAGGUGGUGUGAUGGUGAGAUCAGAAGAAGCACCUUCAGCCUCCAUGUCCCUGGCAAUCCAAUCUGGAUGGGCUUGCAAAGUGUCUAAGGCGAAGAAGAGGUUCUCGCAGCAAGUCAAGGAUUUUUUGCUUGCCCAAUUCAUGGUUGGUGUUAACACAGGAAAAAAAGAAAACCCACAAACUGUUUCCCAGCGCUUCAAAAGUCAGUUCCAGAGAGAUGAUUGGUUGACUGCCCAGCAGAUAGCCAGUUACUUUUCACGUCUUGCUGCCCUACACAAAUCAGGGACACUGCCACCUAAGGGCUGGACUGAUGUGACAAAUAAUGCUGUAGAAUUGGUUGAACGACAGCUUCUCAUGGAUGCUGUACAGAAGCAGUGUGAGCUUUGAGGCAGUGAUCUAAACCUGAUGUCCCUGAUUGAUAUUCUAUGAUUUUUUGCAUUAUUGUAUCAUGUAUACUCAGUGAUUACCACACAUUGGUGUGAAGGUUAAAAUUUAAAAAAGGCAAUCAGAAGACAAAAUAAACACCUAGACUUCAUUUAAUUUUGUUAAUAACUCAAUGGUGACAAUUUAUUUUAUUUAUUUACAUACUCGUAUAUUGUGCAAGGAGGUCCAAUGUUAUGUGCAAGGAGAUCAAAUGUUAUUUUGCACAAUACAUGUACAUGUACAUGAUCAUGUAAAUAAGAAAAAAAAUACUGUCACUUUUGUGUUUUUAGUUCAGUUAAAGUGAAAUCUUGUUGUAUUUGUUUUGUUUUUGACUAGCCUUAUUUUCAAGAGGACCGUAGCUGUGCAGCAUGGGGCUUUACCAUGCGUGGUCCAACCAAAGAUGGUAUAGCGCCGUAGUUGCAAGAUGGAUAACUGACACAUACAUGCGAAGUGUGUUUUGCUGCCAUUCUUGUAAGCAGCGACAGGUUUUAUUCAUCGAUUAUGCAGAAACAGCGCACAAACCAAAUUACACAUCAUCAUGCAAUUUCCCGACAGCUUUCAAGUCGUCAGUGUAAACGUGGAGUGCAUUUAUCAAUAAUUUUGCUUCCUAAAAUGGCGUCCAGUGCAUACAUGUACUUUAAUCAUUGACGCACAUUUUGGGGUUAGUGAUCCAUCUUGUGUCCAGGGCGCUAUCAAAUCUUUGGGUCAAACACACUAUGGCCUGACCACUUAAAACAUCCAAAAGCUUGCACUUAUAGCUACUCAGUGGUCCACACCAAUCAAAAAGGGUAAAUCGCUUGGAAGAGGGGGUCAGAAAGAUGACAUAAAUUAGGAUUUUUGAGUUUACAUGUAAUGACAUAACUAAGCGCAAAUUUCGGUUACUUGGCUCUAAUCCUGAGGAAAUGGUCAUCUUCACUAAAAAAUCAGGAUAGUACAGCAUUAUAGAAUUGGUCAGCACUUACCACAACUAUUCACAUAUUUUUUGGGACGAAAUAUACAACAUUUUGAAACAACUAUUUAACCUGUUGAUAUUUUGACCAGUCUUGGGCAACAUACCAACUGUGUUUGCUUAAAGUUUCGUAGAGUGUGAGAGGUUUGCUUCCUCUGAAUUGCAUUGAGACUGCCUAGGUAAAACGGGCAAUCAAAAUUUCAACCGGUAUCUUUUUUAACCGAUAGGAGGCUACUAGAACUACAAUGUUCCCCCACCUUAUUUUUACUUGUAUUUUUUUAUUGACUGCAUUUGAUCACCGCAUAAUUUUUGGACUUCCCAAAAUAUAAAUAGGGUCGUUAGGUCAUACAUGUAUGUUUUUGUAAAUGACUGCAUUUGAUCACCGAAUAAUUUUUGGACUUCCCAAAAAAUAAAUAGGGUCUUUUGGUCAUAUGUUUUUGUAAAUGUUUUUUAGUGAAUUUAUUGAAUUUUAAAAAGAAUUUUCCUUUUUUUCCCCUGAAAAGAGAGAGUGAUGAGUCACAUGAUAGUGUUUAAUGCCUUUUAGAAAUUCAAAAUGGCCGCUACAUCCGGCAACCAUCUUAGAUUUGAUGUUUUCAGCCUGUAACUGGAGGGUCAAAUUAAAUACAUUUUUUUAAACAAUAGGAUGUUUUUAAUUUUAUCAUCUAUUUUUAUUUCUCAUUUUUUUCCUUUUAUUUACAUCCUUUUUUACCAACAUUUUUGCAGUAGUGGAUCCAAGUUCUCUUCCUUUACCUUUUUUUGUGUUUAAACAAAGGGUUAUCAUGGUUUGUUAUUGGAAGACAGUGACUGUUCUCGUUUUUUAAUGUCAGACUUUGUAUGGAUUAUACAGUUACCUUUUUUUCCUAUCUUUGGAAAAAGCAUCCAAGUGUGGGUCUAGUAGUUUCAGUUUGAGUUAAUUUAAAAAGGAAAAAGAUUUUUUUUAUUUAUAUUCAAUUGGGUUUUUUUCUUCGAGUUUGAUCGUUAGGUCGUUCCAUGUGUCAGUCUAUUUUGAUACUGUGUUGGUUCAGUUUUCUUCUUUCAACCUCCAUUUAAGUUUAAAGUUCAAUUUAGUUUUGUACAGUUGACUCUCGUUAUAGCAAGGUCGGUGAGAUCGCCCAAACUACCUCUUUAAACAGAAACGUUGCUAUAAAAGGACAAGUGCUCUUUAUAACAUAAGUCGACUGUAGUACUACCAUUUUUCUUAUUUGGUUGUGGGAAUAACAGGUUUAAGGUUUGUGAAAAAGUUAAUUUGGAUCCUUUUGAUUAUUGGGGUUUUUUUUAAUGGUUUUCUUCAAAUUU